CUCUUUGUGCCUCGGUUGCUCCUCCACCUCGCGCUUCAAUAAAGCUAUUUUUUUUCUCUUCAAUUCCUACUCUCUCUCUCCCUCCCUAAAUCCUCUCUUUGUGGUUACAAACCCCUCGCUGGAUUUUCUUUCGUACUGUCAUUUCACACUCUUCUUGCAUGCCCAGUUAUAAAAACCCUUCCUUUCGGUGGACCCUCUUCUCUUUCGGUCUCCACCGCGCUUCCACUCUGUUUCUCUGUGCCUCUGGCUAAUACCCAUUUGGUAAAGACCACCAUGGACUGAUUAACCCAGGUGAAAAAGCAACUAUUUUGACACCCUUUGGAUCGCUGAAAAGACCGACCAUGAAUCACCCUUCGACGGUGCAUCAAGAACCCGGUGUUCUCUCUGAUUUGGUGUCCCGGUUGGGUCACUUCGCGUUCAACUCAAACUCGCGCCCUUUAAAUUCUGAUGGGUACUCUUCGUUUUUGUCUAACUAUCUCUACUUCGACGGUUCGAUCGGUUUUAAGAGGCCAAAGAUUUGUUCUUCCUUGAGUUUGAGCACCAGAGGCAGUGCUUCGAGCAUUCGCCGGUUCCUGAGCGACUUCAAUAAGGCUAUUAGGUUCCAUUGUGAGAGAAUACCAAUUGGGUUCGCUUCCGUUCAGGUUGAUUCAGGCAACGGUAAUGGUGAUUGUAGUCAUAAUAAUGGGGAUAGUGAUAAUGGGUUAAGAUAUGAUGGCUGUGGUGUUUUGGUGGAUGAUGGGGUACAUGUCAACGGUGUCGAGGCUGAUAUCCCAAAGAAAGUUCUCAUUUUAAUGAGCGAUACUGGCGGCGGCCAUCGGGCUUCUGCAGAGGCUAUCAAGGCAGCUUUUCAUGAAGAAUUUGGGGAUGAUUAUCAGGUAUUUGUUACUGAUUUGUGGUCAGACCAUACGCCUUGGCCAUUUAACCAGUUGCCUAGGAGCUAUAACUUCUUGGUGAAACAUGGGCCCUUGUGGAAGAUGACCUAUUAUGCAAGUGCUCCAAGAAUUAUUCAUCAAUCGAACUUUGCUGCAACUUCAACCUUUAUAGCUCGAGAGGUUGCCAAAGGACUAAUGAAGUACCAACCUGACGUUAUUAUUAGUGUACAUCCACUUAUGCAACAUGUUCCGCUUCGUAUUCUAAGGGCGAAGGGUCUUCUAAAGAAGAUCGUUUUUACCACAGUUAUCACAGAUUUAAGCACUUGCCAUCCUACAUGGUCUGUCAAUGUUGUUGCUCUUGUUAAUACAGAUUCUCAGUGUGGUUCUGAUUUGGAUUUCUCUAUGCCCAGGUUUCAUAAGCUUGUGACUAGAUGUUACUGCCCUUCAGCAGAGGUAGCAAAGAGGGCCUUGAAAGCUGGAUUGCAGCCUUCACAAAUUAAGGUGUAUGGCCUUCCUGUGAGACCUUCAUUCGUUAAGCCUGUCCGGCCUAAGGAAGAACUAAGGAGAGAACUGGGUAUGGAUGAGGAUCUUCCGGCUGUCUUGUUGAUGGGAGGUGGAGAAGGAAUGGGUCCAAUUGAAGCCACUGCUCGUGCACUAGGGGAUGCAUUGUAUGAUGAGGAUCUUAUGAAGCCAAUUGGUCAGAUCCUUGUUAUUUGUGGCCGCAACAAAAAGCUCGCCAAUAGAUUGCUUUCAAUCGAUUGGAAGACUCCUGUGCAGGUGAAGGGGUUUGUCACCAAAAUGGAGGAAUGCAUGGGCGCUUGUGACUGCAUCAUUACAAAGGCGGGCCCUGGGACCAUUGCAGAGGCGACGAUUCGUGGUCUCCCUAUCAUUCUUAAUGAUUAUAUUGCAGGGCAGGAAGUGGGAAAUGUGCCGUACGUGGUGGAAAACGGAUUUGGAAAGUUCUCAAAAUCACCAAAAGAGAUAGCCAACAUCGUCGCAGAAUGGUUCGGCCCAAAAGCAGAUGAGCUCAAGGCCAUGUCACGAAAUGCAUUGAAGCUGGCUAGGCCUGAUGCCGUGUUUAAGAUUGUUCACGAUCUCCACGAGUUGGUCAAGCAAAGAAGCUUGGUACCUCAGUACAACACGACGUAGCUUGAUCUCCUGGACCAACUUUCGGGCGGGAUGGUUUGAUGGAAACAUGGGUGAGAGGCAUUUUUAUAUUGUAGAUUUUUCCCCACAAUACUAUGCUGAUUCAUUGUAACAGUAGUAGUUGCAUAUUCAUCGCUGAAUCAUACGUUACGUAGGCCCUGUAACCCUUUAGGGAGGAGUGAGUUAUCCUCCUGUCAAUAAAAAGCGAAAAGCAUUGGAUAGAUGCAAUUUACCAUGCA